AUGGCCGAGACGAGCGAGGAGGUGGCGGUGCUGGUGCAGCGGGUGGUGAAGGACAUCACCAACGCCUUCCGGAGGAACCCGCACAUAGAUGAAAUUGGCCUGAUCCCAUGUCCUGAAGCUAGGUAUAACCGGAGCCCCAUAGUCCUGGUUGAAAACAAACUUGGUGUGGAGAGCUGGUGUGUCAAGUUCCUUUUACCGUAUGUCCACAACAAGCUCAUUUUGUACAGAACAAGAAAGCAAUGGCUGAACAAAGAUGAACUGAUAGAUGUCACACGCACUCUGCUGCUUCUAAACCCAGACUUUACCACGGCAUGGAACGUGAGAAAAGAGCUGAUCCUCUCUGGCACUUUAAAUCCAAUUAAGGAUUUACAUCUGGGAAAACUAGCCUUAACUAAGUUUCCAAAGAGUCCAGAAACAUGGAUUCACAGACGAUGGGUGCUACAGCAGCUACUUCAGGAAACCUCCUUGCCUUCCUUUGUGACCAAAGGAAACUUGGGAACAAUUCCUGCGGAAAGGACUCAGCGACUAAUACGAGAAGAGAUGGAGGUCUGUGGUGAAGCGGCAGGGAGAUACCCAAGCAACUAUAAUGCCUGGUCCCAUCGCAUCUGGGUUUUACAACACCUGGCCAAGCUAGAUGUCAAGAUUCUUCUUGAUGAACUAUCUUCUACUAAACACUGGGCAUCCAUGCACGUUUCAGACCACAGUGGAUUUCACUACCGCCAGUUUUUACUAAAGUCUUUGACUAGCCAAACUGUGAAAGACAGUUCUGUGUUGGAGCAAAACCCUUUGAGAAGUGAGCCAGCUCUACUCCUUCCACAAGAUGAAGCAGCAGCAGCUUCCACAGAGGAAUCGAGAAUAAAUAUUUCCCAUCUUCUAGAGGAAGAAAUUGAAUUCACCACUGAUCUGAUUGAUUCCUACCCAGGACAUGAAACCCUUUGGUGUCAUAGGCGGUAUGUUUUCUACCUUCAGCAUCACUUAAGCAGUAGUUUUUCUCACAGUGUGACCACAUUGUCAACUGCAGACAGCCUUGUGGGGACUUCAAGUGACUUGCACCACAUCCCAACAGGCCCUCGCACAGCUCAGGCAAUGGAAGUGGAUGGAUUGAGUGACUCAAGCAAGCAAGGCUAUUCCCAGGAAACAAAACGCUUGAAGCGGACCCCAGCUCCACAUUCCGUAGGCCUGGAAAUGGAACAUAGGUUCAUCGAUCAAGUGUUGUCCACUUGCCGGAAUGUAGAGCAGGCCAGGUUUGCCAAUGCAUAUAGGAAAUGGCUGGGUACGUUGAGUCAAUGA